CGCAUUUUCUGUUGUUUCGUUGUGGGACAAAGGUAGCGUUUUGCGGAAAGUUUUGUUCCUGAUUGUGGAACAAAGCAACCAUUCCUGAAUACCACACUUCAGCUGAGUGCCGUUGAAGCGGAAAAACAUAUCGCAAAGAUGCCAAGAGGUAUCAUUACGUUGCAGCUGGGCCAGUGCGGAAACCAGAUUGGGUUCGAGUUUUGGAAGCGACUGUGUCUGGAACAUGGCAUCUCACCGUCGGGAAUGUUGCGAGAGUUUGCCAGCGAUGGCAUCGAUCGAAAGGAUGUGUUUUUCUAUCAAGCGGAUGAUGACCACUACAUUCCCCGGGCGGUUCUGCUGGAUUUGGAACCGCGUGUGAUUCAUUCGAUCAUGACUUCACCGUACGCGAAGCUGUACAAUCCGGAAAACGUAUAUCUGUCGAAGGAUGGUGGCGGUGCUGGUAACAACUGGGCGUCCGGGUUUAGUCAGGGUGAAAAACUGCACGAGGAAGUCUUUGACAUCAUUGACCGGGAAGCGGACGGAAGUGACAGCUUGGAGGGAUUCGUGUUGUGUCACUCGAUUGCCGGCGGUACCGGAUCCGGAAUGGGAUCUUACAUCAUGGAACGGCUUUCCGAUCAUUUCCCCAAGAAGCUCAUCCAGACGUACAGUGUUUUCCCGAAUCAGGACGAAAUCAGCGAUGUGGUGGUACAACCGUACAACAGUCUGCUGACGCUGCGCCGACUGACCAGCUGUGCGGACUGUGUGGUCGUGCUGGACAAUACCGCGCUGAAUCGCAUCGCGACCGAUUGGCUGCACCUGGAGAAUCCCAGCUUCGCCCAAAUCAAUACUCUCGUGUCGACCAUCAUGUCCGUCAGUACGACCACCCUUCGCUACCCGUCGUACAUGAACAACAACCUGAUCGAACUGAUCGCACCGCUAAUUCCCACGUCCCAGCUGCACUUCCUCAUGACCGGUUACACACCGCUCACGACCGAAUCGGACACCCAGUCGGUGCAGAAAACGACCGUGCUGGAUGUGAUGAGACGCUUGCUGCAGCCGAAAAACAUGAUGGUUUCGACCGGGCCGGAUAAAACCAACCAUCAUCGGUACAUUUCCAUCCUGAACAUCAUCCAGGGCGAGGUUAACCCUUCGCAGGUGCAUCAGUCGAUUCAGCGCAUCCGGGAGCGCAAGCUGGCCCAGUUCAUACCGUGGGGUCCAGCCAGUAUUCAGGUGGCACUGUCACGCAGCAGUCCGUACGUGCAGAGCAGCCACCGAGUGACGGGUUUGAUGUUGGCCAACCAUACCAGCAUCUGCUCGCUGUUCGAAAGGGCACUGGGACAGUACGACAAGCUGCGUAAGCGUGGUGCCUUCCUGGAUCAGUUCAAGAAGGAGGACAAGUUUAAGGACGAUCUGAGCGAAAUGGACGAGGCGCGUGAUGUUGUGGACGCGCUCGUGCAGGAGUACGAGGUGGCAACGAAGGAGAACUACCUCAGCUGGCAUGGAAGCCGUGCAGCUGGUGGCGCAGGAAUAAACCCGUAAGCGAGAAGCGGAAGCACCAGUUUACUCACUGUUUUUAAUUAUAUCGUUACUGGAAGAGGCGUUCGUUGGACGUGGUGGAAAGGUAUUAGAAGAAUCGAAUAAGUAUUGGAUUGGAUAGGACGAAUAGAAACACGGCUGCUCUCUAAAAGAGGAGUAGAAUCUCGAAUGAGAAAAGCGGGAUAGAGAGGGAUAUGGAUUGUUGAGUAGCAUACUUAAAUAUUAGUGCCAAUAAAAUGCACCA